GGUGGUAGCUUAAAUAGUGAAGAAAACGCACGCGUGAACGAGAAGCGAGGAGGAGAGCAUGCGCAUGAGCUCGGAUCCAUGUGUCCAUAAAGGGCAAGGAGAGGAGUAGGAGCAGGAGACGAAUGAUGGUGCCAUCAGCUCCAGCUCAAGCCCCUCCCUUCAAUCCAACUCCACCUCCACAAAAAUCCUAUCCAUUCUCCACCAAACGCCCCCACGAGGAGAGUUCAUCAUCUCCGGCUAGAAAUUGCGUCUUUUUCCGCCUAAAGAUUCGUCACUGGAGUUAAAAAAAAUUCCCCCUUUUGUUGUCCAGUUCUCGACGCGCCAAUUGUUUUUUUUUUUCUUUUUUGUUGCGAUUUGGGUUCGUGGAUUUGGACCACGCGCACCACCACAACCAAUCCUCCUCUCUCCCCUCUCCUUCCAGUCCCAUCCUGCCCCAACAAUCCCAAUCUCCGGAAGAAAGCAAGCAUCAAGAAAUCCUAAAUAGGGGCGCACCAAGAACUCCACUGAGAAUCCCCAAUCAUUUCUUGGUGCAUUUGGCCCCCCCUCCAGGCCUCCACCAUCAUCGAAAUUCCCAAGAAAACUCAUCCUGAAUCGGUCGGUCCUACACCGCACCAGAUCACAGCUCAUAAUUCCAGUGAGAAUUCGAAAAGGAGGAAGCAAUGACGGAGGUGGCGCUCCUCCGGGGCCCGACCAACCUCGCUUCCACCGCAAGCCGCGCCUCCGCCGCCUCCUCCUCCUCCUCCUCCGCAGCGCUGCGCUAUUUAGCCAAUGCCGACAGCGACGUGCUCCCAGGAAGCGGCAGCCCGGAGCGCGCAGCCGGAUCUGCAGGGAGCCGACGACUCCUUGAACUGCGCGGGCAAGAGGCGGCGGAGGAGGAAGAGGAGCGGUGGUCGUUCUUGGCGCUGCUCUUUGAACUGCUGCGGAAGUCGCUGCUCGGGUGCAGAACGGUGAGCGGCGGCAGCGGCGAAGGCGAACACGGCGGCUGCGGGAUGGAGAUUGGGUUGCCCACGGACGUGCAGCACGUGGCGCACGUCACGUUCGAUAGGUUCCAUGGAUUCCUGGGGCUGCCCGUUGAAUUCGAGCCUGAAGUGCCCCGCCGUGCUCCCAGUGCGAGUGCAAGUGUCUUCGGUGUUUCAACAGAAUCAAUGCAGUGUUCCUAUGAUUCCAGAGGAAACAGUGUCCCAACAAUCCUCUUGAUGAUGCAGAGACGCCUUUAUGAACAGGGUGGUCUUCAGGCAGAAGGUAUCUUCCGUAUAAAUGCAGAGAAUAGCCAGGAGGAGUUUGUGAGAGACCAAUUAAAUAGUGGAAUUGUUCCAGAUGGCAUUGAUGUCCACUGUUUGGCAGGUCUAAUAAAAGCCUGGUUUAGAGAAAUGCCAAGGGGGGUACUGGACUCUAUCCCACCUGAACAGGUGAUGCAAUGCCAAUCUGAAGAGGACUGUGCUCGGGUAGCAAAAUGCCUUCCACCAGCUGAAGCAGCUUUGCUUGACUGGGCUGUUAAUCUGAUGGCUGAUGUAGUCCAAGAAGAACAGAUAAACAAGAUGAAUGAUCGAAAUAUUGCUAUGGUUUUUGCACCAAAUAUGACUCAGAUGGCAGAUCCUUUGACUGCACUGAUGUAUGCAGUCCAAGUGAUGAAUUUUCUCAAGAUGCUUGUACAGAAGACCCUCAAGGAUAGAGUGGAGUCCACUCCAGAGGAUGUUUUGCUACCCCAGAAGGACCCAUCUGAUGAAAAUGGGCAUCAGAAACCCAGCGUGACACUUGAUUCUCUCCUUGAGGAAGGAUCCAGGCGCCCUUCUUUUGCCAAGGAAGAGCCCCUUCUGAGCAGUCCUGCCCACAGCACUGAUGAUAAGUCUAAUGAAACUAAUACGACUUUAGGAGUCACUGCUGCUUUCACUGCCCAGACAAGUGAAGUAGUAACGAGUGUGGAGGACUCCACUAGUGGCUCACAACCUGCAACUGCUGGCCCAGUUGCUAUUGCUGAUGCUUCGGGCGCGACGGCUACAAAUUCUCUUCAAGGCAAGGGAAGCCGAAGCCUGAAUCGGAGGAGGACUAGAAAGGGCAAGGGCCAGAGCCAGUCUGGUACACGCACAACACCUGCAGCUGAAAAAUCAAGAGGUGCGAGCAUCGUGAGCCGGAUAAACUCCAAGGUUGAGCGGAUCGAAGCAUGGAGAUGAAAUCAAAAGCCAUUUCCAUUGUUGUUGUGUACUAGAUGACUGACCCAGUGUUUCCUGAAAAUAGCACCCCGAACUGCUUGCACAUUUUGCAUUUUCUAUGCGCUUAUCAUUCCUUACUGUAUCAUGGUCAUUGUGUUGUGAGAUUUGAGCUUCUUGUCUUUACUAACUUGUGUAUCUUUCUUAUGGUUACAUCUGUGAGUCAAUGAAAGAUGCUGGUGCUUUCCUUUGUACAUUAAUCUUUUUUAUGCCUAAUUUAUCAAGUGCCUAAAAGUUCAGGUA